CCUCGCUGUUAUCACAACAGAUCAGACUUGGCCGGAGAGAAGUGCGAACUCUUCACUUCGGAGCGAUUUUACUCUGUUUUCGUCGUUUUACGGACUUUUCUUCGUGUUUUUCACAGUUUGUAUUUUGUCAGCGUCUCUUACAGGAUGGUGAAGGUUUCUUUUAACUCGGCUCUGGGACAGAAAGAUGUGAAAAAGGACGCGGAAACUCUUCUGACCGAGGAGGACAAAGAUGUGGAGGCAGUACUGCCGGUGCGUCAGCAGUCCCGGGCCUGGUGCUGGUGCAUGUGCCUGGGUCUGGCCCUCAUGUUGUCUGGAGUGGUGGUUGGAGGAGCCUACCUGUACCGCUACUACAUCCUGGAGGUGAGCAGACAGCCCCAGCAGGGCUGGGAGGACGGAGAGGAGGGCCAUGUGUUUGUGUGCGGGGUUAACUACCGCGAGGAGGACUUCAUGAUCCGGGAGGAAGAGGAGGUGGAGGUGGAGCUGCCCAACCAGUUCCCCCUGCGUCAGCUGGAGGAGAGGAUCCGGGUGCUGGAGGACGAGCAAGUCGAGCUCAUCAAUGUCCCCGUGCCCGAGUUCGAUGACGGAGACCCCGCCGACAUCGUCCACGACUUCCAGAGGAAGCUGACAGCCUACCUGGACCUGAGUCUGAACAAGUGCUAUGUCAUCCCGCUCAACACCUCCAUCGUCAUGCCUCCCAGAGACUUCCUGGAGCUGCUCGUCAACGUCAAGGCUGGUACAUACCUGCCUCAGUCGUACCUGAUCCACGAGGAGAUGAUUGUGACUGAGCGUCUGGAGCACGUCGACCAGCUGGGAUACUUCAUCUACAACCUGUGCCGCGGCAAAGACACCUACAAGUUGCAGCGCAGAGACAGAAUCCUGGGUAUGCAGAAGCGUGAAGCUCUGAACUGCCACAAGAUCCGUCACUUUGGGAGCAGGGUCGUGGUGGAGACACUGAUCUGUGAGCCGUAAGAGUCGUCGUCCUCACGGCUGCUCUUAAGGUCACUGGCGUACAGUGAGACGUGUGUUGUUAACCCUCACCUGUCUGUUUCCUGUCCUUUACUUCAGGUAGUUUGAGUGAGUGACACGAGUGAAAUGUGAAGCUGUUCGCUGAAUAUUCGUGAUUGUAAAACAAAGAAAGUCUGUGUAUUUUUCCACUUUUCUGUUCGGGGUUUUCUUGGAGUCUUUUCAUAAAUAAUUAGCUUAAAGUAAAUUAUUUUAAUCAAAGUAAUAACUGCAACUAUAGCCUGAGCAUUUAUUUUCUUAGACAAGGGAAAAUGUAGUUUGCCUUUCUCUCAGAUUUCAGGAGAAAGAAGACUUUUGUACCACUUUAAACUCAUCAGUCCAGGGAGACUUGUUGUUUUUGUAUUGUGUCUGCUGUAGCUUAAUAACACUGCGCCUGGUGUUUCUCAACUGAACACGAUCUUAAGAUACGAGUGUGGACGCAGCUGCUCUCCAUUAGCUUUAAAACAAGUUGGAAACAAAAGAGGAAGCGAGCCGAGCUUACAGGGCCGCACUCUGAUCUUAACGUCUUUUCCUCGAGGGUCUUUGAAUGUGUCAUUUUUUGGAUAAAUCUUCUUCUUGUACUAAUUUGUGUAUAUAAUCUCUUUGAAGAUAUGACCAGACCAACACAAUAAACAAACAGAAAACAACAA